AUGAUUGCUGUGGCGGCCCGGCCAUCCCUCGCCAAGGAUGCCUCGUAUCGACUCCUGCAGCCGAAGAAGGGCCAGUGGUUGAUUUUCGGGUUUCUGGCCUUGCUCUCGUUCAUCAUUUCGCUGGACACCACGAUCAUCACGCCUGCCAUCCCGGUCCUCGAGCUGUCCCUGAAUGGCGACACCGUCAAGGCCUUCUGGGCCGGCACCUCCUACCUCCUCGCCAGCGCCGUGUGCCAGCCGUUCAUCGUUGAUUUGUCCGACGUGUUCGGUCGCCGGGAAGUCUUGUUCGUCGUCGUUUGCCUGUUCACGCUCGUGACCAUCCUGUCGGCCGUGGCCCAUGGCUUCAACCUCCUAACCGGUCGGUCGCUGGAGGGCGUCGGCAGCGGCGGAAUCAUGGCCAGUUGCAUCGUCAUCACGACCGACAUUGUGCCGCUGCGCCAGCGCCCGACCUACUACGCGAUCGUGCAGAUGGCCUGGGCGAUCGGCAUGCUGGCCGUGCCCGUCAUCGGCUGCGCCAUCGCGCAGAACAUCAUCUGGCGCUGGAUCUUCUACAUCAAUCUGCCCUUCCGCGGCAUCGGGCUGGCGAUGGUACCGCUGACGGUGCGCCUGAAGGCCGACCGACCCAGCAUCAUGCAGCGCCUGACGUCCAUCGACUGGAUUGGCGGCGUCUUGUUCAUCGGCAGCCUGUGCAGCUUCCUCAUCGGCAUCACCUGGGGCGGGAACCAGUUCGCCUGGGCCAGCUGGCAGAUCAUCGUGCCGAUCGUCGUUGGCACCGUCGGGUGCGUUGCCGCGCUCUUUUGGGAGGCGUUCAUGGCCCAUUCCCCGUUCAUUCACGGCCGCCUGUUCGCCAGCUACUCCGCUGUCGUCGCAUACAUCUGCGCAUGUCUGCAGGGCACACUGAUGCUCGGACUCCUGUACUUCAUCCCGCUGAGCCUGCAGAUUGUCAAGGGCUUCGACGCGAUCAGCAGUGGACUGGCGCUCAUGAUGAUCCUGGGGGUGAUGUUGCCGGCGAGCGUGGUGGCAGGAAUGCCGCUGACGCGACUGGGGGCGUACCGGUGGGCGAUCUGGAGCGGAUGGGUGCUGCCGACGGUGGCGAUCGGGCUGCUGACGCUAGUGGACGCGCACAUCUCAGCGGCGCGCUGGGUGUUCAUCUUCCUGACGCUGGGGGUAGGCCAGGGACUUGUGCUGACGGCGCAGGACUUCGCCGUGCAGGCAUUGGCGCAGAACCGCCUCGCGCACCACCUCGUUGAAGCCCGGCUGCCGGCCCGCGUCGCCUCCGCCGCCGCCGAGUUCGCUCUCGAGUUGCGGUCCUCUGCUCUCUCGCCCGCCGAGAAAUCGGCCUAUGUCCACGCUUUCCGCGUCGCCUUCCGCGAUCUCUGGAUCUUCUUUGGCGCUGUCUCUGCCUUCGCAUUCGUGCUGUCGCUCGUCAUUCGGCAUGCGACGCUGGAUCGGACAUUGCAGUCGGAGCAUACUCUUCUUGAACGGAAGAAGUGUGCAGGAGGAAGAGAAGGUUGA